AUGGCGUCGCAUUCAGCAGAAGACCAACAGGUUCUCGAUCAGCUGGUCUACAGAGUCUGCCGCGCUUUUUACGAGCCUCGUUAUAUUGUCGUCAUGGAUGUCAUCAACAAGCUCAAGCAGGUCAAGGACGAGGAGCUCGCCGCCUCCGUGCGACUGAACAGAAGGGAGAUCCAUAAGAUCUGCGGAAAGCUUAAGGAGGACCGCCUCAUCAAAGACUUGACAAAGCUUGAGGCAAGAAAGCCGGACCAGAGGCCCAUCCCGAACACAUACUACUACCUCGACUACAAGAUCUUUGUCGAUGUGGUCAAGUACAAGAUCCACAGGAUGGGCAAGGAGCUUGACUCUGUCAUGUCAAAGCAAGAGGUGGAGAGUGCCGGCUACCGGUGUUCUGCCUGUCACAAUGCCUUCGCCAUGGUGGAUGUCGUGAACACGUUCGACGCAGAGACUGGAAUGUUCAACUGCCCUAAUGACGGCUACCCACUGGACGACGAAGCUGUUGAGGACGAUGAUCAAGGACAGGAGAUGAAGACAAAGUAUGCAACAGAGCUUCGUGAAUACAUCAGACCCAUUGUGGACUUGCUCAAGCAGACAGACAGCAUGGUGAUCGAGCAGUACACAGAGGUCAUGGCCGCUAAGAAUGCCACCGCAAGAACCCACGAUGACGACGAUCUGGCGUUCGCGGAGGAUGGCGGUCAACAGCAGGGAGAGAUUCAGGUGGUCUUUGAGGACGACAACGACAAGGCAGCCAAGAAGGCCAGGGAGAAUGAGGCCAUGAAGAAGCGACAGCAGAAUGCUGUGCCCUCUUGGCACGCUUGGAGUACCGUCUCUGGAGAGAUGACUGCCCUCGGAGCCGAAGCUGCCAAGCGCCUCGAUCUGCCCAUGGAUGACACCAAGGCCGAGGGCGAAGCCGAAGUCGACGAGAGAGACUCUGCUCGCGAAGAAUACUACAAACAAUACUAUGAAAAUCUGGCAUUAGAUCAGCAACAGGAGGGCGAAGAGUUGUUUGACACUGUCGAUGAGAAUGGACACAACAAGCGAGCCCUUGACGAUGCUGAGGACAGCGCCAGCAAACGGUACAAGGCUGACGGCGAGUAUGAUGACGGUGGCCUUGAAGGAGAGGAGGAGAAUGGAUUCGCGGAAGAACUCCCCGAGGUUUCUGUUGCUGGUGUCAUGGUGCCUCUUCUGGAGGUCACUGAGGAACAUCAGAGCCAGAUGACCCCCGAGGAGUACGAGGCCUACUACAACAUUUGCCAACAGUUGCAGUGA